AUGGUGAUACAGAAAGGAGCUGAGCUCUGCUUUCCACAACUCCUCAACAGUUCAUGCAGGAAGCCAACACUUCACUGGUCCAAAGCUGUGUUUCUGAACAUUAUGCUGCCCUGCCUCUCUCUGACCACUGCUGCUCUAAACCUUUUGGUCAUCAUCUCAGUCUCCCACUUCAGGCAACUUCAUACACCCACUAACAUCCUCCUUCUGUCUCUGGCUGUCUCAGACUUUCUCACGGGUUUCCUGAUUUUGCCAUUAGAAAUAAUUAGAAACAUGGCCUGCUGGGUACUUGGUGAUCUCAUGUGUUCUGUUUAUACUUAUUUGAUCACCAGUCUUUUCUGUGCUUCAACUGGGAUCAUAGUUCUAAUAUCAGUUGACCGCUAUGUGGCUAUUUGUGACCCUCUGCAUUACCCCACCAGAAUGACUGUGGUGAGAUCCAAGCUUAGUGUGUGCCUAUGCUGGUUUUAUUCGACUUUCUACAGCAGCCUUCAAACAAAGGAUGUUCUAAUUAAUCCAGGCAGGUAUAAUUCCUGCGACGGAGAGUGUGUGUUUCUCAUCAGUAAUAUUGCAGGGACCAUUGACCUUGUUUUAUCUUUUAUUUUUCCAGUUUCUGUCAUCAUAAUUUUGUAUAUGAGAGUAUUUGUGGUGGCUGUGUCUCAGGCUCGUGCCACGCGCUCUCAUGUUACAGCUGUCACACUUCAGAGUUCACUGAAUCAAACAAACAAAUCUGAGUUGAAAGCGGCCAGGACUCUGGGGAUUCUUGUAGUUGUGUUUCUUGCAUGCUACUGUCCAUUUUACUGCUAUUUUCUUGUAAAAGAAAAUGUGGUCAAUGAUUCAGCUACAUUUUUUGUGAUCAUUUUAUAUCAUGUUAACUCUUGUUUGAAUCCAUUAAUCUAUGCCUUGUUUUACCCCUGGUUUAGAAAUGCUGUUAAACUUAUCAUCACUUUUCAGAUAUUCACGCAUGACACCAGUGGGGCCAACAUACUAUAAAAACUCCAUAAAAUUUGUUGCACUAAGAUUUGAAAUCAGGAAAUUGGCACAUCUAAUAAUGUGGAAAUGUAAAAUUGCUUUUCUACUGAAAAUUUACAGACAUUUAAAACUUUCUUCAUUAGUACACGUAAUUUCAUGUUAACAUAUGGAGAGCUUCAUGCAGUUUUCUAGGUAAAGAAAUAAGCAAGUAGAUUUUUAUACUCUUACUUAAACAGACUUUGAAUUAUGGCUGUACUCUGACACACCUGACAAUAGAUGAACAUUUUGAUCAUACUUUCUAAUGUUAAAGAUUUGUGCCAAUUAUUUAUUAAUAAGAACAUGUGUGGCAAUUGAGUGAAGUUCCUGACUCACCUGUCGAAUAUUUGAACUCCAGCAUUUUUUGCAACAAGUUCAAGCGAUGCCUAAUAAUUAAAAAAGAAAAAGAAAUUCCAUUCCUAAUACCUUUAAAAUUUUAAAUCAAUAAAAUGAUACAGCUAAUAAUCUGUAAAUGUAAAAUUGCUUUUGAUUAUCUAAAAAUUGUGGAAAUAAGGGAAAAAAGAUUUAUUUUUCAGAUACAGCGUACUU